ACAUUAUCAGUGAUGGAGGGAGAUUCUGUCACUCUAAACACUGAUCUUUCUGAAGUACAGAAAUAUUUGUUGAUACAAUGGAUGUUUGGAAGCACAAGAAUCGCUGAAGUCGAAAGUGUCUCACAAACCAACUCGACAUAUGAUGGUCCUGAUGAGAGAUUCAGAGACAGACUGAAGUUGGAUCAGCAGACUGGAUCUUUGACCAUCACAAACACCAGAACCACCGACUCUGGACUUUAUAAAGUAACAGUUAUCAGCAUAAACAGCAAAGACACCAGCUACAUGCGUUUCAAUCUUACUGUCUAUGAAUCUCCACAAUGUACUUCAUCACCAGAAAGUUCAUCAAGGUCCAAUUUUCUGUCAUUAACUGUCAACCAGACUGAGGACGCCAACAUUACUGAACUCCAUCAGCCGUGUUCAGCUUACUUCCACUGUUGUGGUUUUAUUGAACCUGUGAUCCGAUUGGUCAUCUCGGCUCUGGUGGGCGUGGCUGCUGUUGCUUUUAUUGUUUAUGACAUCAGAUCUACAAGACGUGAGCUGAACAGGAUGGAAGAGACUAGAUAUCACCGUCAGAUCCAUGGAGUGAAACCAGACCAACAAUAUAAAAUGAGCAGAAGCAUUAGUUCCAGAUAUGUUUGCUGAAGUUUGCAUUAAAAACAUGCAUUAAUAUUUCCUGUACUUGCAUUUAUAUCUGUUAACAGUUGUUGUUUUUACUGCAUUUAUUAAUAUGCACAGAAUAUGAUUUUGUUUGAUUUAUUAGUUGGUUAAUUCCAUAGCUUUAAACACAUUUACCCUAAAAUAAACGAUGCCAAAGAAUGACCUCAGCUCUUGUUUCUGUUGACUCUCCCAGAGCAAAUGUGUGACUUUGCAUAAUGAUUUAGUUUUAUAACAGAGUGAAUGUUUAUAUUUAAGUAUAAUUC